UAUCUAUACUAUCACGAAUAUGUGGCGCCAAACCAGUCUGCUUCUUCUGGUUCUCCUCCUGAGUGCCAACCAGUGUGUAAACUGCCAGUGUGUACCGGGAGACACAUGCAAAGCGCCGGACUGCCGCUGCUGGGACGACCCAUCAAUCCCCGGAGGUCUGACAGCGGCCGAAACGCCUCAAGUCGUCCUAAUUUCGUUCGAAUACACCGUGAAUAAGGGCAAUGUUGAUCUCUAUACAAAACUGCUUAAAGAUUCUCCAACCACUAUGAAGGAAGCAAGUCGCCGUUCGUGCUGUACAUAGACCCACUGUGGCUGUCUGUAGACUACCAAUAUGAAGGGACAAGGCAGUUUGUGGAGUUUGUCCGUUCUGGAUUUGGAGACACGUGGUUUUUGACUACCCAACAAUCUCUGGCCUGGAUCAAGGAACCAGUGACGUCAGACAAAGCCAUAGACUUCAAGUCUUGGGGAUGUUCGUGAGGUCAUUGUUCCAUAUGGUCACGUGAUUUUAUUUCGUGAAAUGAUAGUAGUGAACGUGCGUUUUUAGGAAAAAUUUCAUCACAGUCAAUGAAGGAAUGAAGCUCUU